AUGUAAAUAUAAGAUGGAAACAAUUUGAUGCUUAACCUAUCUAAUGGUCCAAUAGACAAUAGUAGAAGAUCCUGCACAAAUGUGUUUUGUGCCAUCUUUUAUGCGGGCAUAUUGUUGAGUAUCUUUGGGAUAGGCUUGUACAUGAAUCAAAGCGGGAAUGUAUUGUUGAUAGACAGAGGAUAUGACCCUGAUCAUAGACCAUGUGGAAUAGACACUUUGAGAGAUUAUCCAUUCAUCUACUUCACUACUCUCAAUAGUGAUUUCUUAUGGAAGACUGUUUGCGUUUAGGAAUGUCCGAGUGUUCCAGUUGCCAAACACAAACAUUUGUAGUUCAAUCCUCCAACAACUACAACUGUUCCGACAACAACAACACCCAUAGGAACACCCCAAAAUUCAUAAUUAAAAUGCGCUGUAAAUUCAGUAGUAACUUCUUGUAGUUAAGCCACAUUAUACAACAGCAUUAAAUUCGAUUAAAGAGUCUGCAUUCCCACAGAUCCAGAUUAAUUUAAGGUAGUUCAGGAAGCAUUGAAAAUGGGUUUCUUGCAUUAAUUAAUUUCUGAUAUCAGUGGAGCCAAGUAUACCUUAUUUAUAUUCAUUGUAAUUGGAACUUGCUUUACCUUGUCAUUCACUUACCUAUUAAAGUGGUGUAGUAAGACUGUAAUUUGGUUCAUCAUCUUUAUCAUCGUGGUGUUGUCCAUCUUCUUUGGCUAUUAUAGUUAUCUGUAAUAUAGGGCAUCAUCUAGUAUGACUAUCGGUUUAUCCCCGACUGGAUAUCUAUUAUAAUCAAUAAUUUGGUGGUGUUUUGGAUUGGGUACAAUAAUCUUGACAAUUUGUUUUUACAAACGAAUCAAUCUAGCCAUUGCCAUCAUUAAGUCAGCAUCUGAUUUUGUCACUAAGAAUGUCAGUAUUGUCAUUGUCCCUAUAUUCUCGACUCUUGCCACUUUUAUUUUCACCAUUAUUUUUAUAUACAUAGCAUUUUUAAUAUGUUCAACUGGUACACCUGGAGAUAAAUAAUAGUAAUGGCCUUUUGGGUAAUUGAAAUACACAGUACUUUAAUACUUUAGUGGAUUCUAUUUGUUAUUUGCCACCUUUUGGACAUAUGCUUUGAUUAUUGGAGUCAAUAGCUUUAUCAUAGCAGGUUCAGUGUGUGUGUGGUAUUGGCAACAAGGAAAGAGUGGUUAAGAACAUGUGUAACCACUCAAUUCAUCGUGGAAGAGAUGUUUUGUCUACCAUUUUGGUUCAAUUGUCUUGGGUGCCCUAUUAUUGGGAUUAAUCUCAAUUUUUAGAUCUUUUUUCGAGUAUCUAUAUAGAAAUGCUGAGUAUAUGAGAAAUACAGAUGGCUGUCAAUUUUGUUUUAAGUGUUGUGCAUGUUGCAUAUGGUGUUUUGAAAGGUUUUUACAAUAUUUGAAUCAGAAUAUCUAUGUCUAAAUUAACAUGACUGGAGAUGGGUUCUUUCAUGCUGCCAAAAAAGGUUUGGAUAUUAUGUCUAAUAAUCCUUCUAUUGUUAUGUAAGUAGUGGGAUUGGGAGAUCUGAUAAAUAACAUUGCAAGAAUCAUGAUUACAUUAUCAAUCUCUAUGUUCUUUUUUAGAUCCAUUUCUGAAUUGCCUCAACUAUUAUUUGGAGGCAUUGUCAUUAAUCCAUACAAUCCAACCUUAUUAUUGGCAAUCAUUAUCUUUGUCAUUGCCACUGUGUUUACCAAUAUUUUUGGAGUGGCCAUUGAAAGCAUUCUCCAUUUAUAUUGCAUUGAUUAAGAAAUAGCCAGGGCCAAACAGAGUUCAGAAGAUGCUGAAAUGUGUCCUGCGGCUUUAAGAGAAUUUUUAAAUGACAAAGUGUUUACAUAAUAAAAAUGA